UGCUCAGCUUAGUGCUGAUGAAGAUGCUAAUUACCAUAAUGAUGACGACGGUGCAAAUUUCCCCAACAACAGCCGCCCAAGAAGAAGCUCUCGAAGAAGGAGAAGGCCCGCCUGGAGGCCGAGCAGGCCGAGCUCAUGCGGAUUGAAAUGGAGAAGGAAAAACUCAAGAAGCUUGAGGAGGCGCGUCAGCGCAAGAAACUGGAAAUGGAGCAGGCGAAGCACCGCCAGCAACAGGAGGUGGCGGAGAACCGCCAGAGGAGGUCCCAGCUCAAGGACAGCAUGCUCUUCUUCGACGCCGUGCGAACGGCCAUCGAAGCCAUCAAGGAUGGGGAGCGGCACGAGCGGGACUGGGAGAAGUUUAUGCGCUGCAACGGACUGCCGAAUGCUGCCAGUCCCAGUGACUUGAGGAAGUACAUCCACCAGUGGCACACGGACAUAGCCAAGCGGCAUCUGGAGUCCCGGAACUGGCUACUCCGCACCGAUGAGCGCACACUGCUGACCCAGGAUGCCCAGGUGCCGGAUCUCACGAGGAUUUCACUGCGCCAACAGCAGGGCAGAUUGGGCGAUGUCUACGCCCACAGGAUUAAGGAGGUUCUGGGGAUCCUCAACGAGCUGGACGAAAUGCUGCCGUUCAAGCAGAAAUCCGCACUUAUUGCCGCCGAUCUUGUGAAGCUCAAGACCGAAAUGCGGGUGUUUCUCAAACAACAUCUGGACGAGUUCACCUACAAGACCAUGUCGCAUAUCGAGAGGGAUAUGGAAUCUCUUAACCCGAAAGCGCGAAUUGGAGAACAGUCGUCUCACAACGAGAUCGAUUUUCCCACCAUCGAAAUGCAAAUCUCACUUCCGCCCACAGUUCAUUUGCAGAGUUCAGCUCUACGGGGACUCUGGUUGAACUACGAUCACUUUAGUGACUACUGCAGUAGUUACUGCUUAAAACAUGCCCGAUCAGCAAAUGCCAAUAUCCUGCGGCAAACGAAGCGGGAAUGGCGCAAGCGCAAGGAGAUUCUGCAGGCGAUGCUGGACGACUGUGGCCGGGAGAUUCCGCUCUCGGAGCUGGAGCAGCUCACCCAGGACCAGCACUCGGCCAGCUCGCAGCCGCCGAGGGAACGCACCUACGACGUGGACAAACUGUACGCGGAGUACGAGGACGAGCUGAGCAAAGCCCAUCGCAGGGCCAUUGGACCGGAGGCCUACGGAAUGCUGGAGACGGACGUGAAUCUGCGCAAGUACCGCAUCAUUGGCGGUGUCUACUGCAUCGACUUUCUCGAAACUCCGCAGCAGGAUAAGCAGCUAAAUGCCAGAUCCUUCAUUCGCACCAUCACUUCGGCCAACAGCUUGGUGCACAAGGAGUACUACCAGACGUACAAGCCACCACCUCCCGUUUUGCCCGGAGUGCGCCGAUUGCCCGAGGAGAUUGAAGCCGAGAUGCGAAUGAUUGAAGCGGCAUUGGACAAACUGGCACUGGUUACCUUGCAAUUGCCGGACUCGGUGAUUUGGUUCGAGCCACCUGUGGCCUGUCGCUGGGAAACCAAUGUGGAGACCCUGGAAAUGGAGCUAGCCGAUGGCAUGAAGCCGGAGGGUAAGAAACCACACGGCGAGGGAGAUGGCGAGGCGGACGGCACGGGUGCGGUGAGUGGAACGGCAGCUGCCACCACAGCCACGCCCACCGAGGCCACACCCCUCUCCACGCACGCUCAGCCCAGCCCCCUGAAGAGCUCACCCCGCUGUCCGGCCCGCAUGCGUUCCCAUAAAUCGGACAUGGGCGGGGAAUCCCGGCAGCAGAUGCUUCGUGAAAUCAACGACUUUGAUCUGCGUGCCAUACCCAGCGAUGUGGAUUUGUACGGGCUAGUCAAGGACUUUGUGGUACCACGUUUGCCUCAGGGAUUCUGCGUUCGCCUGGAGCAAUCGACGCCGGUCAUGUCCACGAGCUUAAGGCAACGAAAGGUGAUGUUCCUGGCUCGACAGGCCCACAUCCGAUUGGGCCAGGUCAAGGAUAUGGCAGACGAUCAACUGGAGAUACCCAAGGAACUGCAAAGGCUGCAGCUCAACUCUAAACCGGGCCUGGGUGCUGAGUUUCUGGACACUGAGGAGCCGGCAGAGAUGUUCCCACCACUGUGUUUCGAUAAGCUCCUGAAGUUCCGGCAACUGGCACCACGCUCCCGGGCACCAGCCCACCUCCAGGGCUACCUCUUUUCCCAGCUAAUUGAGGACAUGGAUCGAUUGUGGCGUCUGCAGCUGCCCAGGGAUCAGCAGGAGGAGCUCAUCCAGCAGAUAUCCGAGCAGCUGUCACCCACUGGUUCGCGAACGAGUGAGACAGGUGAGAAGGAGCCCCGGGAGGCGGAAAACGAUGGAGAUCUGGCUGAGAAUAUGCAACCACUUAGCCAGGAGCUGGUGGAUGUGCUGCAACCGGCCGCAGCAGCCGCCGCCUUUGCCUACUACACGGGCAUCUCCUUUGUCCGGGACUCACAGCUUCCGGCGGAACCGGAACCAGAGCCCUCAGCCAAACGCUCCAACAGCAUGGACAGCAGCGAGGACGACGACGACGAUGUGGACAGCCUGGUGGAGCUGCUCGAAGGAGCCUCCACGGCGGCAAACACUUUGCAUGACCUGCUGGGUCCGGCGACGCACAGCGACAACAGCGACAGCGAAAGCAAACAGAAGAUGAGCAAUGUGGCUGCCAUCACGCAGGGCAAGUGGAGCACCCGCGAUGUCCACGAUACCAAGUUCAAUGAGGACAAGCUAUCCAUACAGUUUCGAACAGGCAGAUUGGGUAUUUUCGGAUUUGCUUUGAAUAAGUACAGCAAUAUGCCAUAUCAAACUUGGGACCUGCGACCUGAUAUGAAGAAUCCCGGCACUAUCAUCUUCAGUUUUACUGCCUCUCUCAUAAGUCUGGACAUGACGAUAACUAAAUCAGGCUAUACGGUGAAUAAUUUCCAGGGUGGCAGUACGCAGGGCAUCACCGAUAUGAUUGGGAAAACACUAUCACUAGCGGAACUAAAGGCCACCCUGAUUUUGUCCGCCGUGGAUAUUUUCCCGGACGAGGAUGCCUUCUGCUACACGGAGGGAUCCUGCGAGAAGAACUACGUGAUGGAGAUGCACUGCUAUGCCUGUCUGUCCACCUUGGCUCAGUCGCACAACUUUAGUUGGUCACGUUGGAACCUUCUGGCAGGUUCCCGAACUGCUGUUCUGCUGGUCCGCGAGCUAAUCGAGGGCAAGAAGGUGCCAUACUACUCCACUCUAUUGGUGACCCCACUAAAGACUUCGAUAAUCGAUUGCACAGAAGUAUCGGCCAGCUUCAAUGCCGUGGGUAUACCGGGAAUGGAGUAUUACGCGGAUCUAUAUCAACUAUCGCAGGCUCAUGCUCAGCCUGGGAGUCUGGAGAAACAGAGGACCAUGAAUCCCGUGCUCAGGGACAAUGUGGCCAAGAUCCUGAUGGCCAUUCGACCGCUGAGUCUAUGUUGAGCUAAGCUAAAUACAUUCAAAACGAAAUCCAAUUUAAUUUCUCUUCAUCUCAAAAAACCGUGCAAUUCAUACCAGUAGGAUGCCAUUCACUAGGCUAAUGGUCUUAUACAAAACCUUUCGGACUUAACGUGAAAUUUGUUAUGCAGAACAUACAUAAUGCUGGGCCAUAUCGAUAAUUCAGCUUUUUAUCCACUUAGGAAUAGCGCUUAGCCACAAAGGCAUCAUCAAUCUCCACUGAAAUUGUCUCCCUCUCCAAUUAUAAUAC